AUGCGUUUGCCUCAGUACCUCUGUCGCUGGCUUGUCAGCCUCGCCCUUCUUCUUCCGUGGUUAUCUUUCGUCGCUGCCAAUCCACCGGCACAUGCUCUCGAAAAGGUCACGCUGUUUUUCGCAUACCGCAAUGCUGUCAUUGCCUUUGGCGAAAAGCAAAAAUACUUGUUUCCAAGGCUUGCAGCCAAAGUUCAGUCUUCCUCCGGAGCCGAUUUCAAAGAAUUUCUCAACCACGUCACGGAUAAGACCUACACGGAGUCGGACCUCAAAAGCGCCGGUGUGGACCUAAGUGACCCCGACCCGGAGAAGGCGACCAAGAUGCUUCUAGCAACAGGAGGAACCAAACAAGUCAACGCCGAACUCAUCCAAGGCAAGCCAACUUUGAAAUAUUGGGACCAAAUCGCGAGUGUUGAAAAAGUCAUGGAAUUGUCGUACAAAAAGAUGCAAGAAAACAGCAAGCCUACCGAUGCACUCGAUAAGAACAAGAGCAGAAUUCUUACGUUGUUACGCGAAGUGGAUGUUGUCCGCAAGUCCGACACACUGUCAAGCCAACCUGGCGCGAAGGUUCCAAAGGGCUUGAUCGAUGAAAUAGGCACUAGGUUCCCUGGAGCCAAACUGGCACUGAACUCAUCCCCUUACAAAUGGGAUAGUAGCCGCACGAUAUGGUCCGUGGACUGGCAAAAAACGCUUGCUGAUUCAGGAACUGCUUUCAAAGAUACUGCGGCAGUGCAGAAGGCAGUGAGGAGUUACGGAAGGGUUCCAAUGGCAGUCAAGUACGACCCAGCUUUCACUCAUUACAAGGUACACAUGGCAUGGCGUCAUCACUACCUCAAGCUCAAGUUCGACUUCAAGUGUGUGGCUUGA